AUGGCAGUUUGUGUUCAAGCAGUCUUUGCUGCGAUGGUGCUCGUGACAGCCCAUCUAACAUUAUGUACGGCGCAGGACGUGUACGUGACGGUGCAGCAGGGCAGGCUGAGAGGCGCCGUGGAGACGAGCGCGCUGGGCCUACCGUACGCCAGCUUCAGGGGCGUGCCCUACGCACAGCCACCCGUCGGGGAACUCCGCUUCCAGGCACCGCAACCCCCGGCCAACUGGGAUGGUGACCGCGAUGCCUUGGAGGACCCUGAUCCCUGCCCACAGGUAGGGAUGUCUGGAGGGUUUCAAGGCAAUGAAGACUGCCUAUACGUCAACAUAUACGUGCCUCUCAAUGCUUCGGGCCCUUUCCCGGUGCUCACGUGGUUUCCUGUAGGCGCCUUCAAAAGUGGGUCUGCGACAGACACAGGUCCAGACAUAUUCCUGUCACUAGACAUCAUUGUAGUCGCUGUCCAGCCUCGAGUCAGUGCCAUGGGCUUGCUGAGCACUGGUGACGAGGUGAUCCCUGGGAAUGCCGGCAUGAAGGACAUGGUGAUGUCCCUGCAGUGGAUACAACAGAAUAUCGCUGCCUUCGGUGGGGAUCCUAACCAGGUGACCAUCGGUGGUGAGAGCUCUGGAGGCUGCUCUGUCUCGCACCUGGUACUGUCACCUCUCACUGCAGGCCGCUACAGAAUAUGGCUGCCACCGAAGUAG